ACGCACCAUACAAUAUCCAUGCAACAAUCAAAUUGUCUAUAGCCUAAGUGGGCAUGACCCAAACCAAGAUUUGAUAAUCUGAAUCUACGAGAUCAAGGUAUAACCUUCUGCAAGAUCUCAUCCCUAUAGAACCUUCUACCAGUUUACACAUGUAGAUUUAAAAACUUUGACACUAAAAGGAUGUUUGUGUAUUGUAUGGGUAUACUAGAUUUCAUUUCUAUCAUAUAUUUGAAAAUUUGGAGCUUGAUGAAGUUCAGUCAAAAAGAAAUGUAAUGAACAAAUCAACAGGUGAAACAAACAAGUUAAUCCCACUUGAAAGAGUCCUCUCCCAAUAGCAAUCAUGGGAAAUGUCACUUCUUCAAUUACCACAAUACUAGGUUGUUUUGGGACUGGCGUCCCUCACAAUAUUUUCCUUGUGCAUACCUUUCCUCAACUCCGUGUUAGGUAUAUGUUUCGUUGGCUCAUUGGAAUUGUGUUACACUCUUUUGAGCAUUAUUUGGUAUCACGGAAACAAAAUUUUUUUUAAGAAAUUGAAAACUCAAAACGGAAGAUAAAUAGUGAAAACUAUGUUUGGAAAUGAAAAUGUUAUAUAAAUUUUAAGAAAACUUAAUUCAAUUGCAAUAACAAAUCCAAAUUUAAGGU